AUGCCGAAUGAGGUGGAUAUUCUGAAAUCCAUCCCCUUGUCAAAAAGUCUGGCUGCCUCGGCCGCAGGCAGGAGGAAGCGGCCACCGGCCAGCGGAGGCACCUACUUCGAAUCUGAAGCCGCCAACGCCAACGCUCUUUCCCCCUCUCAUUGCGCAAUUCCAGAUCCGCUCGUUGCCAACCGUACCGGCCAUCGACCGCGGGGCACUUGGGUUGUCAAGAAGAAUUUGCGGCAGCAUCGUACCUUGCCUCCCAUUGCUCGCCUAGAUUCCGGACAGUCACGAGUGCGACCCGAUAUUUCCUUGAUAGACCCCAAGGCAGAGUCACCAGUCACUUACCCUUGUCAAAUCAAACGUCAGCUUCCUCUUCACCUUGUACACCGACACGUCGAUUUCCCGCAAACACCAAGCGCCUGCGCAGCUUGCAUUUUCCGCACUCUUUUUGGCCCAUACGCAAUUGCCGCCGUUGCCACCUGGUAUCAAACGGUUUGCAUCACACCUUCUCCUCUACCCGAUAAUCGCAACCUAGUCGUCCCCCGCGCCAAGCACGCAAUCAAGAUGAAGAUCCUUGAGGCUCAGUCGGCAGUUUUGACCAACUAUGAGGUCUAUCAACAUCUGAAUGAGCGCAAGCUUGGUCAGAAGAAGCGUGAGCGUGGAGAACGCCGCGGUCCCGGCAACCUUGAACCGCUGGCAAGAGAGCUCCUCCAGUAUCUGCGGACAGCACCAAACCCGCUCAGCCAAGACCCCAUUACAUAUCAUCCAGACUGUAUCACCCAGCUCCUGGGUAAGCUUCAGCCCUAUGACUUGGCCAAGGGUGAGGUCAUCAUGAUCCUGAACCUCCGCCCAGCAUCCGUCGCCGCUCUGAACACCGUCAUCGAAGAGAUGCCUGAGCGCUUCGAUGAGAACCAGCAGGAGGAGAUGGUCAACAUCAUUGCUGAAGUGCUUGGCUCGUUCCCCCAGGAGGCAGGAGAGGAGGAAGGCGCCGAGGAAGCUGCGAACGGCGCUGCUUAG